UGUGCGCCUACCAACGUGAAGCCUCGCGAUGCAAAAAGCGACCUACUACGACAGCUCGGCGAUCUACGGUGGCUACCCCUACCAAGCAGCCAAUGGGUUCGCUUACAAUGCCAGUCAGCAGCCGUACGCGCCGCCCGCGGCUCUGGGCACCGAUGGCCUUGAGUACCAUCGGCCCGCCUGCUCCCUCCAGUCCCCCGCCAGCGCUGGGGGACAUCCCAAAGCUCAUGAGCUGAGCGAGGCGUGUCUACGCAGCCUGGGCGGCCCCCCGAGCCAACCCCCGGGCCUGGGGGAUCCACCUUUGCCUCCACCGCCCCCGCAGGCAGCACCCCCGGCCCCACAGCCUCCACAGCCCCCGCCACAGCCCCCUGCACCCACUCCUGCGGCUCCCCCGCCUCCUUCUUCUGUCUCCCCCCCUCAAAGUGCCAACAGCAACCCUCCCCCCGCCAGCACAGCCAAGAGCCCCCUGCUCAACUCUCCCACCGUAGGCAAACAAAUCUUUCCCUGGAUGAAAGAGUCGAGACAGAACGCUAAGCAGAAAACCAGCGGCUCCAGCUCAGGGGAGAGCUGCGCCGGCGACAAGAGCCCGCCCGGGCAGGCCUCGUCCAAGCGCGCGCGCACGGCCUACACGAGCGCGCAGCUGGUGGAGCUGGAGAAGGAGUUCCACUUCAACCGCUACCUGUGCAGGCCGCGCCGCGUGGAGAUGGCCAACCUGCUGAACCUCACGGAGCGCCAGAUCAAGAUCUGGUUCCAGAACCGCCGCAUGAAGUACAAGAAGGACCAGAAGGGCAAGGGCAUGCUGACCUCGCCCGGGGGCCAGUCCCCCAGCCGCAGCCCUGUGCCUCCCAGCGCCGGGGGCUACCUGAACUCUAUGCAUUCGCUGGUCAACAGCGUCCCGUACGAGCCGCAGUCGCCCCCUCCCUUCUCCAAGCCCCCCCAAGGCGCCUACGGCUUGCCCCCGGCCUCCUACCCCGCACCCCUGCCCAGCUGCGCUCCCCCGCCGCCCCCACAGAAGCGCUACCCAGCGGCGGGGGCAGGCGCGGGGGGCACCCCCGACUACGACCCUCACGCUCACGGCCUGCAGGGCAACGGCAGCUAUGGGACCCCACACCUACAGGGAAGCCCCGUCUUCGUGGGGGGCAGCUAUGUGGAGCCCAUGAGCAGCUCUGGGCCAACACUCUUCGGCCUAACUCACCUCCCCCACACCACCUCGGCUGCCAUGGACUACGGGGGCACUGGGCCGCUGGGCAGCGGUCACCACCACGGGCCGGGGCCCGGCGAGCCGCACCCGACCUACACGGACCUUUCUGCCCACCAUCCUUCUCAGGGAAGAAUUCAGGAAGCGCCCAAGCUCACCCACCUGUGA